AGCUGCCAGGCCAGGCAAGCGGGUUCUGCGUUGCGCGCUCCCCUCUGAGUACGGGGCAACGCCGAGGCCACCCCGGGAAGCAGUGAGCCUGAGGACCGGACCGGCGGCCCCUGAAAUGGUGCUGUGCAACCCCGGGACAGCGACCCCGGGACUCUGCAGCCCCACGCGAUCCCAGGGGAGGGGCGGGCCGCGCCGGCCAAUCGGGAGCCCGGGCCGCGUCAUCCCCAGGUCGCCACCUCCCGCGGUUCCAGCCCAGAGUUGCAGCUCCAGCGGGUCCAGGCCAGUGCCCGGACCAGACAGGAGCCCAGCCCGCAGGAGCUUGGCCGGCAGAGGCUGGUCCUGAGAGAGGCUGGGACGCAGCCCAGUGGAGCCAACCCUGGGGACAGCAAGAUGACCUCAGAGCACAGGGAUGUCCUUGUGCUGCUGCCCGCCCAGAAGCAGCUGCGGCUGGCAGUCGGGGUGAGGGCCACGGCGCGGGAGCUGUUCCAGCAGGUGUGCGGCGUGCUGGGCCUCCGGGAGGCCCGCUUCUUCGGCCUCAGCGUGGUCAGAGACAAUGAGCACGUGUUCAUGGACUUGGAGCUCCGGCUCAGCAAGUACUUCUCAGAGGACUGGAAGAGAGGGACUCAAGGGGGCUGGCGGCCCCGGGCGCCCUUCGUCACCUCCCUCCGAGUGCAGUACUACGUGGAGAACGGGAGGGUCAUGAGCGACCAGGUGGCCCGGCACCUGUACUACUGCAGCCUGAAGGAGCGGGUGCUGCGGUCCCAGUGCGCGCACAGGGAGGAGGCCUACUUCCUGCUGGCCGCCCUCGCGCUGCAGGCCGACCUGGGCAGCCACCGCAAGCCGCCGCACAUCGGGCGGUACUUCGAGCCGCAGGCCUAUUUCCCACAGUGGGUCAUUGCCAAGAGGGGUGUGGACUACAUCCUCCGGCACGUGCCCACCGUGCACCGCGAGCAGCAGGAGCUGAGCCCGCAGGCAGCUGUGCUGAGGUUCAUCAGGGACGCCUGUCAGCUGGAGGACGUGCCUGUCCACUUCUUCAGGCUGUACAAGGAUAAGAAGCGUGAGCACCCCACCUUCCUCCUGGGACUCACCCUCAAGGGAAUGCAUAUCUAUCAGGUGAGAGAGGGACUCGCCCCUCCCUGGAGGCCCGCCCUGGCCGCCCUCCUGGAUCAGUGCUCUGUCUUGCAGGAGGUGAGCCACGCUCCGCAGCUGCUGCAUGACUUGCCCUGGCCCUGCAUCAGGAAGCUGGCCUUUCUGGGAAAGAAGCUGGAGAUCCAGCCCGCUGGGCUGCCCGCAUCCCGGAAGCUGGUUUUCUACACGGGUUUUCCCUGGCGCUCCCGGCACCUGCUCCGGCUGCUCCGCUCCAGCCACCAGUUCUACCUCAGUGUGAAGCCCCUGCUGCAGCGGCUGCAGCUGCUGGAUGAGGCUGAAGAGAAGAAGCGCUACCAGGAGGCCUACAUCAGCGACCCGCUGGAACUGGACCCAGAGCUGGCCAGCAGGCACAGGAGGGACACUGGCCCGCCCCACCACCGCCGCCUCUCGCUCAGCUCUGCUGACAGCCACGGCAGUGCCCACACACUGGGCACAGAGGCCGACUCUCAGCAUGCAGAAUCUGGGGAGGUGUCUGUGGAUGAGCCCGUAGCGGCCGAGGGCCUCUGCAGCAGGAAGAUGCCGUCCAUCAGCUUCAGGGACAGCGGGGGCAGCAAAGCCUCCUGCUCCGAGCCCUUCACAGUGGUGCAGGUCCCGCUGGCCGGGACCAGAGGCCAGAGCACCGAGGUCCUACACAAGGUCCGGGAGGCGGAGCCCAGCGCCAGGGAGGCCCUGCACGGCCGCAGCCUGGACCACAUGCAUCAGCUCCAGCCAGCCCCUCGCCCUGCACCUGCCUCUCACACCUGUGCCUUCAGCUGCGCCCUGGCAGGGCUGCUGGUGCCCCAGGAGGCCAGGGCUGCCCUCUGUGGCAAGAGGUCCAUGAACUGUCUCUCCCUGGACCUGCUCAGGGAGGGCGCGUCCUUGCAGGAGUUUGUGGUGUAGACCCUGUCCACAGGUGCCUCCGUCUGCGACUGCCAGCCUGAGGGUGGCCAGCCCGGGGCAGGGCGGUCUUGGCCCUUGCCUCUUCUAUCUUCCAACGCCCACUUCCUGGCCAGCUUUCAAAGGUCUCCCCCUGUGGGAGGUGUGAAGCCAGCUCGGACAUCAGCCCAGGGUGACGGAGGUCCUCCUCGUGCCUGUCUGUGGCCCAUAAGUUCCUUCCCCGAAUGAUAAGUCAGGGUCUGGACAUCCAGCGUCCAGGAGAGCCAGGAGUCAGUGGUGUUGACCCUGGGGCAGCGCAGCAGCCUAUGUGAAGGGUGUCUGGCCAGCCUCAGGCCCUGGGGGAGCCUGGCCUCCUGCACUUACACUGCCCGCUCAGGCCCUAAACCCAAAGCUGCAGCUCACGGUUGCACCACUGCGCCAUGGCCUCUCCUGGACCUUGCUUUUUGUGAUUCUGCUCAGAAGUUGAGGGUCCUGCAGAUGCAGGCCUCUCCUGCACUCUGGGCCCAGCUGUCUCCCAGGCCCACUCAGAGACCCUGUCACCUCCUGCACAGACACACCAUCAGGUAGACCCUGCCCUGAGGCUGAGGCCCCUCCUGCCCCAGGCCUGCUCUCUUCCGAGACAUCCCAGCCUGGCCCAGGAGUGCUGUGGGCCAUGGCCCUGCUGCUGGCAGGGAAGGUGCCUUGGUUGGGGCUGCUCCUCUGCCUCAUCUGCCUGCCACCACAGUGGCCCCGGCCUUCCUCCCAGGAGGCUCCAGGGGCUGCAGGCAGGUGGACCCCACGGGUAAUUCCGUCUCAGUGCCUUCGGUGCCUGAAAAGCCCAGAGCGGGGGUUCAUUAUUGUGGACUCUACACAGGGGCCUGCCAGCAUCCUGCUGUCCUGUUUACUUGGACAUGUGGACUUGUGUGUCUGUUGGCUAAGCCCUAGGUGGUCACUGGGAGCCACAGCAGUAAAGAACCAAGCACACCCAGAGCCUGGGUUCGUCCUCUCCUGGGGGCUGGGACCAGGCGUGACAGUUCUGCAGUGAGUACCCUCGGGGACCUCUGUCCAGCUGAAGCCUUAGGACAGUGUGACGUGCAGGGAAAGGCCCGCCCAGAGAUCCAUGUGCAGCUGGGGACUGUGGUGGGAAAGGCACCGGAGCUGUGAGGACAGUGGCCAGGCCUCACACGCUGGCACAGCUGCCUUCCCCAAUGGGAUGAGAAGGGGUAGAGAAGGGGUUCGCCUGGCCUGGGGAGGGUCAGACCAGCUCCCUUCAGAGACGCUUGAGGAGCGAAAGCCCAGCCCACGUAGGGCAGGUACGUGCCCACGGAGGGAGCGGGCGUGGUGAGGGCCUGGACAGGAUCCUGCCCACACAAAGAUGUCCUCACAUGUGCACACGCACCCCACGGGCAUCCCACCCCACGGGCAUGCGGAGGACGAGGCAAGCGAGGCUCUCACAUGGGGUCAGGCGAGCUCCCAGCCACCGGCCUCGACUUCCCCGCACGCACUGCAAGUGUUCCCGGGGAAGUCCCCCCAGCACGGCACCCCACAGCCGAGUGGAGCAGCAUGGCUGAGGGCACCCUGAGGUCCCUCUGCUCCUCAAGGACUUGCCUGGCCCCCAGCACACCAGCCGGGGCCUGGGCUCCCGUUCACCGACAGGGACGGCAUGGCCACUGCGUCUCUUCUUCCCUGGCUGCUGGGGUCGAGGGUUGACCUGUCAGGCCUGGGUCUCACAGCAUCAUCAGUGUCACCGUCACCACCAGGGCUCCCAUGGGGCCCUGAGUCCUCUGCUGAGGGUGAGCAGGCACCAUGUGCCAUGAGGCCAUGGCUGAGGGUGGGGACCCAAUGCCUGCUGUGAGGACAGUGGCCAGGGUGACCUGUCCAGCCCCCACCCAUGGUGGGGUUACCUUUUUGUUCUGGCUACUUCUCCUCGUGUCUGGGAUGGGCCAGAGCCCCAGCUGGUCUCUGCCAGCCCUCCCAGAGCCGGUCACAGCCUCUCUUCAAGACGUCCCCUGCCAGUCCCCUUGGCCCUGCCCUGUGUGUCCUGACUUCUCAGCACAGCUGUGGGCAGCAGCAGAAGGUCACAGGGAGGCCGGGACCUGCACCCUGUCCUUCCAGAUGGGAGGCAGAGGGGGCUGCUGGCUGACCCAAGAACCCACUUGGGCCCUGUGGGCCUUCUAUUUCUGUCCUUCCUCUGGGCCUGGGCCCAUGGAGAGUUGAGCCAAGUGACCUCAACCACCAGGCAGCCCUGCUGCGGCUGCCACCUCUGGUCUGUGAGGUGGGUGGAGAGGACACUUAGAGGUCGACGGGUCAGCCCCAGGCCAGGGUCUCACGUCCUCCCUCACCCAGAGGCAGCGUGGCCCCUCCGCACUCUGACUCCUAGCUGGCACACUCACUUCUUGGGGAGCAGAGCCUGUUCUUGUGUUCCUGUCCUCUGUGCCCUGGUCAGCACCCCCAUCGGAGGAUGGAGACUGCCAGCUGGAGUCCAGCCCUUCUGGGACAGCCUGCGCAGCUCCAUGACAGUGCAGCCUGGACGGCUGCUCUGUGGCUGGAGACAGGAGGAGCCGGGCCUCCGGUGCCUUCCAGGGUCCUCCAUGCCAAGCAGCAGGGCUCAGGCAGCAGCACGUGCAGCAGCCCCGAGGCAGGUUAAGCCGUGGGCUCAGCAAUGUGCGCACGCAGUUACAGCUUCAUAGAAUGUGCAGGCGACUUUGCAGCUGUGGGGGGCUGGGACCCCAUCCUUUUCCACUGGGCACCACCGCCCUCCUCAUCAUGGCUGACCACACGGGGCCUGAGGCAUGCAGGGGGCUGGUGCAGCCCUGGGGCCACACACAGCUGCAGACCAUCUAACUCGGGCCUGGCGGGAGGCAUCCGGGGCUCAGGCCAGGUUGCAGGGGUGGUGAACUUCUGGGACUGGACAGCACAGGGCAGAGGCCAUGUCACAGGGUGGGCAUGUCCUCCCCAAAGCAGAGCACCAGGGAGCCGCAGAAACACCUCCCAAUCCCACAGCCCCUUUCUCAGCCCUGGGUCCUCAUCAUGUCACCAGUUACCCGGCGCAGGGGACAUGCCUCAGGCUCACUGCUGGGAGCUGGCCUGCCAAGCCAGGAGAGCCACGUGGUUCAGAGCGUGGUUCACAGGACCGGCUGCAAAGGCCCCGGGCUGUGUGUGGCUUGUUACUCAGGCAACCAGUUCAUAAAAGUGCUGACUCGGAA